AUGGCAGUUCGCGUCUAUUUCGUCAUCUGUCUCGUUUCACGACAAUGUGUCAUCAAUCAUGAUGCCAUGAAAGGACAGGUUGAUAUGGGAUUCCCAUUGAUGACGGCCCUUGAGCUUCUGUUCUUUGUUGGAUGGAUGAAGGUCGCCGAGGCUCUUCUGAAUCCGUUAGGUGAGGAUGACGAUGAUAUUGAAUGCAAUUGGCUUAUUGAUAAGAAUAUCGCACAUCAUAAUACGACCCCUCGUCUACGAUUAGACAUCUUCGCCGAUCCGGCAUUCAAGCCAGUGUACUCGGAAGACAGUGCUUGGGACGCGCCUAUCAAUCAGGGCGGCUCUGCAGCGAACGUCGAGCUUGCACCCUCUCAUGAAAAGGUGAAAAUGGUGGCAGUGGAUACUGUAAGUGAUGAAGCUCGGAAAACGUCUGAAACCGCUGCGACACUUCGUCGAAAGCUGACAACUGCGUUCAGCUUUCGAUCGAGAUCCAAUUCGAUCCAGCCGAUUCCAUUGGAUAGAAGUAAGAAGAUAUCGGAUGUCUCCGUGGAUUCGAAUGGAUCCAAGAAUCUUAAUGGGUUAUCGAUGACCUCAGAUCAUCCCUUCCAUCUAGCACCUCUCGAUGAAGAAAGCGAUUCAAUAAAAUGUGAAGAAGGGAGGAAUUCAAUAAAAGACGACAAAAAUGUGGGAUAG